CAAAAGAAGUAUCCGGAAGGAGAUUUCCCCUUUCCUGCCAGCAGCCCCAGCAGGUUCCUGCAGACCCUGCAGCAGCCCCAGCUCGGAGCAGCCAGUCCUUGAGCAAUGAAUGUGUCGUGCAGCCUACGUUCUGCCCACCUGACGCUGACUAAUGGCUCAGAGCACCUGGCAGCCCCUUCCUUCAGCAACCAGAGCAGCGGCAGGUUCUGCGAGCAGGUCUUCAUCAAGCCGGAGGUCUUCCUGGCUCUUGGCGUCCUCAGCCUGCUGGAAAACAUCCUGGUGAUCCUGGCCGUGGCCCGCAACGGCAACCUGCACUCGCCCAUGUACUUCUUCCUCUGCAGUCUGGCGGCAGCCGACAUGCUGGUGAGCGUGUCCAAUGCCCUGGAGACCAUCAUGAUCGGCGUGGUCAACAGCAACUACCUGACCUUCGAGGACCAGUUCCUCCAACAUAUGGACAACAUCUUCGACUCCAUGAUCUGCAUCUCCCUGGUGGCCUCCAUCUGCAACCUCUUGGCCAUCGCCGUCGACAGGUACGUCACCAUCUUCUACGCGCUCCGCUACCACAGCAUCAUGACCGUGCGGAAGGCCCUGACCUUGAUCGUGGGCAUCUGGGUCUGCUGUGGCAUCUGCGGCGUGGUCUUCAUCGUCUACUCCGAGAGCAAGAUGGUCAUCGUGUGCCUCAUCACCAUGUUCUUUGCCAUGAUGCUGCUCAUGGGCACUCUCUACGUGCACAUGUUCCUCUUCGCCCGGCUGCAUGUCAAGCGCAUCGCGGCUCUGCCACCCGCCGAUGGGGUGGCCCCGCAGCAGCACUCAUGCAUGAAGGGGGCCGUCACCAUCACCAUCCUGCUGGGGGUCUUCAUCUUCUGCUGGGCCCCCUUCUUCCUCCACCUGGUGCUCAUCAUCACCUGCCCCGCCAACCCUUACUGCAUCUGCUACACGGCGCACUUCAACACCUACCUGGUUCUCAUCAUGUGCAACUCUGUCAUCGACCCCCUCAUUUACGCCUUCCGCAGCCUGGAGCUGCGCAACACCUUCAAGGAGAUCCUCUGUGGCUGCAACAGGAUGAACCUGGGCUAG